AUGAACUUUACUUGCAUCGCGGUGUUCAUGUUCUACUUCCACAUCACGUUCUAUGGAAUGGAAACGCAUAGCAUCAACAACAAAGGCAUCAACAACAACAGCAACAACAUCAACAACAAAGGCAUCAACAACAACAGCAACAACAUCAACAACAACGACAUCAAGAUCAACAACAACGACAUCAAAAACAACAACAUCAACAACAACAACAUCAACAACAACAACAUCAACAACAACAACAUCAACGACAUUAACAUCAACAACAACAUCAACAAAAAAUGCAUCUUUGCAGUGCUGAUCGAUGGAUUGAUCCUAGACGUAUAA